UUGCACAACGCACUUGUAAUUUCUGCUUUCAACGUUUCCUUUUGCCCAAGCUGUUACUGCCCAUAAUUUAAAGUUCGACCAGGGACGUUAUUUUACAUUUUCACUUAAUUUAGACGGUAAUGACACAAUGGACUGGAUAAUUACUGCAACACUGUUCUGGUCAGUGUUACAAGCUUCACUUUGUUUCAACAUUGAUCCUGUGGCUUGGAGGUCCCUGAGCCAUAAAGCUGCUGGUUUUGGCUACAAGGUGGUGCAAAGACGAUCAGAUUUGCUCGUCAGUGCCCCUCUUGAACAGUAUUCAGGAAAUAAAAGGGGACAAAUAUUUAAGUGCUCCACAACGUCGUCACAAUGUCAACCUCUAAACGUUAAAGUUCCGCCGUUUGCAGUUAACAUGUCUCUUGGUUUGUCAAUGGCAAAUGAUCCCAACUCACAGAUGACGAUGGCCUGUGGUCCAACUAUUCCCAAAGACUGCAGAAGUAUCACCUUGUACAAUGGUGUGUGUUUUGAGAUAGCUGAAACUGACAGAGUUGAACCUCCUGUUCCAGCUUCUAUUGAAGAGUGUUCAACCCAAGCAGACAUUGCAUUUCUACUGGAUGGUUCAGGCAGUGUAGAUGAUCCUGAUUUUACCAGAAUGAAGACUUUUGUGAAAAAUAUGAUCGGUUCAUUUCAGGGAAAAGAUACACAGUUUGCCAUUGUCCAGUUUUCCUGGUCUUCCCAGGUCCAUUAUUACUUUAAUAAUUUCCCCACAUCUAACUGGCAAAGGGGAAUUGAUAACAUAGAACAGAAAAAGGGGGGAACACAUACAGCUGCAGCCAUCCGAACAGUUGUAAAUGACGUCUUUUCGGGGUAUCGAGGUUCAAGGCCAAAUGUGAAGAAGAUUUUAUUAGUCAUUACAGAUGGAGAAUCACAAGACCGAAAUAUUUUGCAAGGAGUAAUAACCUUAGCCGAAGCAAAAAGCAUUGUUCGAUUUGCUGUUGGGGUGGGCGAUGCGUUUAGAAAACCUCAAGCAAAAAGAGAACUGGACAUCAUCGCUUCUGUUCCCUCAGAUGACCAUGUAUUUCAGGUGGAGAACUUCGCAGCACUUGACAAAAUACAGAAGACCUUACAGAACAAAAUUUUUUCGAUUGAAGGAUCUCAGUCCAGUGGAGCGACACUGAAUAUGGAAUUGUCUCAACAGGGAUUCACAGCAGCUUACAUACCUGGGGGAUUCCAGAUGGCUGUAGUUGGUGCCAACCAGUGGAGGGGAGGCUACAAGCGAUAUGCACGCCAGACCUUGUCAUCGGAGUAUGAACCUGAGUCUUUGGAGACUGACAGUUAUCUUGGUUACUCCAUGGAAAUCGCUAAAACCCCAUACGGCAUGUUGACAGUUGUUGGUGCUCCAAGAUAUCAACACAAAGGAGCAGUCGAGAUUGUUUUUUGGGAAAAACUUAGGCAAAGAAUUGAACCCCACACUUCACAGACUGGUGAAUACUUUGGAGCAGAGGUUUCUGUCAUGGAUGUGGAUCUUGACAGUUUCACAGAUUUAAUCCUCAUAUCUGCUCCGAUGCACAAGGAACCUGACAGAGAAGGACGAGUCUAUGUUUGUGCACUAUCGCGUUUGAAUGUCAACUGCGAUUUUGAUUCUGAAUCAGCUCUAAGAGGGGGUGCAUUUGAAACAGGAAGAUUUGGGUCCUCUCUUGCUGUUUUGCCUGAUUUAAACACAGAUAAAUUAAGUGAUUUAGCAAUUGGAGCUCCUUUGGAGAAUGACGGUCAAGGUAGCAUCUACAUAUUCCUUGGCAAGGGUGGAAGAAGAAUCAGUAUUACUUACUCACAGAGAAUUGCUGCAUCUCAAGUCCAGUCAGGACUGAAGUUCUUUGGUUGGUCAAUCAGUCAGAAGUCUUUUGAUCAAAGCAAUGACAAUUUGCCAGACUUGGCAGUGGGUUCAAAGGGCACAGUGGUCUUACUCAGAUCGAAGCCUAUAGUGAUGGUUGAUGGAGCUGUUUCAUUCAGUCCAAAUGAAAUUCCAACCCAAAAUGAAGACUGCACCAAACCAUUGGAGACCACAGCUCAAAUCUGCUUUACUAUGACCAGACGCUCUGGAGUCAACACAGCUCAAGCACGGAUUAAUUACACUUUAACACUGGAUGCCACUCGGAAGCCCCCAAAAAACCGAGCUUACAUCAGUGAGAAACAACAAGAACAGACUGGAUCACUUACUGUUGAUUUAAGUGGCCAAAGGUGCAACAAAGUGAAAUUCUUAGUUGAGUCUUGUCCAGAAGAUGCUCUCAAUCCACUUGAAAAUGAGUUGAGCUUCAUCUUUGAGGGUUUACCCUCAAACACAAAUCUCAAGCCAAGUCUUCGUGAAGAGGCUCAGACAAGAACGUUUUAUUCCUUAGGAUUUGAGAUCAACUGUGGUGCUGAUGAAAAAUGUGUGGAUAACCUUAAGGUGGAUUUAAACUUCAGAUCUUCAGUGGUUAAAGUGGGCAUUGACGAGUUUUUGGAGGUGAUCGUCACUGUGGAGAACAGGGAGGAAAACUCCUACAACAGCCGUGUUAGUCUCACAUACCCAGUUGGUUUCUCCUACACAACGUUUACAGUUCAGCAGGGAAGGACUGAUUGCAGCUCCUUGGACAGUGAAAAUGGCAUCACGCUAGGAAAGACAGACUGCACUGUUGACAAACCUAUUUUCAAGAGCAAGUCUAAGGUUGUCUUCACCGUUUCCUACAGGAUUGCACCAAACAGUCAACUUGACAGAAGGAUCUUUCUCUCUGCAAAUGCCACCAGUGGGAAUCAGCAGCACUCGCCUUUAAGUGAACUCUACAAGAAGAAGGAGAUUGAUGUCAAGUAUAGCAUUUUUAUAACAAUAGCAAGCUCCCUCAGCUACAUCAAUUUUACUUAUGGAAAUAACAAUUUGCAAAAACCACUCGAACAACAAAUCAAGGUUACAAAUCAUAUCAGGGAGCUGAAUUUCACUGUGGUUAUCAAAGUUCCUGUAAAGCUCGGUGACGAAGACAUUUGGGCAGAUUUGAACAGUCUGCAGAUUCCACAUUGUAAAAGUGGUGAAGAAGAAAAGCCCAAUAUCGAAAAUUUUGUUACUAAGCUUAAGGAUAAGAAGGUGGUGGACUGCUCUGUAGCCAGCUGCAGAGUGUUCAGAUGCAGUGGUUUCAUGGGAAAGCUGGACAGCAUGACGUAUAUGAUCACUGCCAACAUUAGUUCAGGGUGGUUAGAGCAGAUCGGACUUAAAUCUGCCAAGUUCCUCUUGACCAGCACAGCCAGUCUAGAGUAUGACACAAACCAGUACAUCUUCUUCUCAACAGCAUCUAAUAACACAUCUCCAGUUCACAAGAUUGAGGCAGAGGUGGAAGUGUAUGCUGAGCCGGAUUUGACCAAAGCAAUAGUAGGAGGAACAUUGGGAGGGUUGGCUUUUCUGGCUCUACUCACUGCUGGCCUGUACAAGGCUGGAUUUUUUAAGAGUAAAUACAGCAACAUGGUGAAUGAAACUGGAGAAGGUGCUGCAGAUCCAGGGACUGAGGGAGAUGCACCCCUUCAGGAAUAAAAACCUAAUAAUAUCCUACAGACACCAGCUCCAGAUACAGCACUUUUGUAAUAUUAACUUGCUAGCCUGGCCAGGCAUCCCAGUUCUUUUCCACUUUAAUGCAAAACAUUCCGCCUGGUUCCUCUGGAUUCCACUUUGAUUUCCAGGUGGCAGUAGGCUGUGUAAAAAGAAGAGCACAAAGCUCCAGUUAUAAGACCAUUACAUUUUCUGAGGGUUACUUUUUGAAACAUGCCCACCUUAACUUUGUUACCGUAAGUUAGCAACAGAGCAAUGGGCAGGCAAUCAAUUACAGUAGGCUAGUGGUCCGGUUAGUGAACUUGUAAGGGUAAUAAAAUGGUCCAAGUUGGAGGAUCUAUCUCUUGCAGCUCUGGUUGCUGCAAGAAAUAGAAGCUAAAGGCUCAAAUAUUUCUGCUACAGAGUUGAGUGAUUUUAACAUGAGGUUUGAUGGAGAUUGCAUUUGGAGGCUACCCCUAAUGGUCAGUUGAGGAACUGCAAUUUUCUUCAUUUCCUAGAUUAAGGGCCAGUCCCAAUGCACCCCCUAGCCCUACUUUUCAGCCCUACCCCUAAAUUUUGAGCAUUCCCGUGAGGGUAGUGGUGUCCCAAUUCCUCCUUGCAUGUAGGGGUAGUGGGCAUAAUGAGGGGUAGGGUGUUUGAAUCUAUCCCUUAAAAGCAAGGGAUUUCAGAUGCUGACUCGCCGACAGAGGGCCAGAAAAAUUUCCCAGAAUGCUUUACGUCAUCAUUUGCAGAUUGAAUCAAACAAAAAAACAUGGCGGACAUUUCAAAUUUUUAGUGAAUAAAAUCAAUAUUUUGAGUUAGUUUCUGCAUAAAAAUGCAUUUUGAUUACAUUUCUAGCGAGAAAUAUAUAUUUUACUUUCAUAAUAUUCACUCAGUGAAUGUACAUAAUCACUCGCUUGCUCGUUGUUGCGUUGUAUCUUCAGAUCUCGCCAGAAUAAAGGCUGAUUUAUGGUUCUGCGGUACACCAACGCAGAUCCUACGGCAUAGGACGUACGGUGCGCGUCGCCGCGUACCCU